AUGGACAUAUCUCCCUCCUCAGGCACAGAUCGCCCUUCUUUCAUUAGGCUUCUUCCUUUCAUUUUCUUUCUCCAACCACAACCUUGGACAGUUACGUCUACGCAUAAACACUUUUGCGGCUAUUGUUUGAGCUUGAUCGUCUAUUCCAAAGACUUCUGCCACAGGACCAGUCAGGAGCUAGUCAUUCUAUCUCUAGCGCCGGACUACAGGAACGCAAUUGCAGCACCGUUCGCGUGCUGCGCAACGCAUUUCCAAGCCAAUGAGGAUACCGGAGUCAAAUGCAAGUCAAAGCACCCAAUAGCCAACCAGUUGCCUCCGAUAAGCCCGAGUGGAUGGAUUCCCCAGCUUCUGGGUCAUUGCUCUAGCGUCAAGUUCAAGGGGUUCUCCAAGUUCUGUCUUCGCUCGCAGCGCCUGAAGUUUCCUAGCCAAGUAUGGUGCAUGCCAAGCUUCAAGGUCUCUGACCAGCAAGGAGCUGCAUCCUAUCUCGUCUCCAUCCUUAGCGAGUCAUCCUACUCGUUCCUGCUGGUUGACUGCAAGUGA